GCAGUUAGUUUCGUCGAUUUGGUCUCACAGGUCUUACACACUAAAUAUGUUGAGGUGCUCCUAUUUCUUAUGGGUCUUCACUGUUUGCCGACUGUGGGGAAGCCAAGCCCAAUUCCAGCCGAUAAUGACACAAAGCAUACUGGAUCAUAUUGCCUCGCACCAGCACCAGUGGUUCACGUACACAGCGCAGGUUCAAGGCGAAACUCAGGCAAAAAUAGACAGAAUGAAGGCAGAGCUAGCAGGCCAACUAAAUGCGCUACAGGUGAAAACAGAUAGCCAACACAAAUCGCUCCAGGACACUGUGAAGUCUCGCAAAACAGAAAUUGGGCACAGACCUAUAAACCAGGUUUUCAAGAAGUAUGGCUCGAGGUACUUCUACAUUGAAAGGCAAGAAAGAUUAAAUUGGUUUCAGGCAUUUAACAAAUGUCGCCGACUCGGUGGCUACUUGGCUACAUUCAACGACCUGGAGGAACUACAAAAGGUCAACAAGGAUACCCCUAUAGGUGCAUUUUGGUUGGACGCCACCUCAUUGGCCAAAAAAGGAGUUUUUCUUUCCACUCGCACCGGCGAGAGUCCACCAUAUUUCAGAUGGGCAGAUAAGCGGCCGACCAACAAUGAAAACGAAUGUGUGAAUUUGUACGUGGGGAAAAUGUGGAGUCCAAAUUGUUGGGAUGAAUACCUCUCUAUUUGUCAAAGUGAUCAAUGAUUGCAAUUGAUUGAAAAUCCUGGCUAAUAGAAAACUUAAGAUAAAAUGUUAAAUGUCAAAGUUUAAAAACUUAUUCAAACAAUGAAACUGUUCUGAAUAAAUUCAAAUGUCGAUCUUUUAA